CGUGCUGACGUCUGAUUAGGAAGUAAACAAACGAACAAGCCGCUGAUCGCAACGUUUCUGCGCCAAAAUGUCGAUUUCAAACCCCAGACAGACUUUUCUAAACCCGUCGAUUCCCUUCGCUGGGACGAUCCUGGGUGGUUUGCAGCCAGGGGAGAUGGUUGUGAUCCAGGGCUCAGUGCCGUCUGAUGCUGACAGGUUUCAGGUAGAUUUCACGUGUGGCAGCAGCGUGAAGCCGAGGGCCGACGUGGCGUUUCACUUCAACCCGAGGCUUGUGAAGUCGUGUAUCGUCUGCAACACGCUGCAGAAGGAGCGCUGGGGCCGAGAGCAAAUUCUGUACCAGAUGCCCUUCAGGGCUGGGGCCGCGUUUGAGAUCAUCAUCCUCAUCCAGAAAGACCAGUUUAAGGUGGCCGUGAACGGAGCUCAUGUGUUGGAGUAUAAACACCGGAUGGACCUGGAGCGAGUCGACACCAUCCUCAUGUCCGGAAAGGUCAAAGUUCAGGCUGUGGGCAUCGUGGCCCCGAGUUCAAGUGCCGUCUCUCCUGCUGCCAGUCUGACUUCUCAGAACUCAGAGAUGAACCAGAUCAUUUCCUCAUCAGGCGACUUGGGCGUUCCCUUCAGCGGGCAGCUGCUCAAAGGGCUGAGCGUGGGACGCAGCAUUGUAGUCAAAGGAGAAACCAAUCAGAACGCACACAGUUUCGGUGUGAACCUGCGAGUGUCGAGCGGCAACGACAUUGCUCUUCAUCUCAACCCUCGUGUGAAGAAAGGGCUCUUCAUCAGGAACUCCCUCCUGUCGGGGUGUUGGGGCCCUGAGGAGACGAAGCUGGCCUCCUUCCCCUUCGCAGCAGGACAGUACUUUGAGAUGAUCAUCCUGUGUGACUCUCAGCACUUCAGAGUCGCCGUCAACGGCGUCCACCAGCUGGACUACAAACACCGAGUCCAGGAUCUGAUCCGCAUCGACCAGCUGGAGGUGCUGGGCGACGUCUCGCUGCUCGACGUCAAGAUCCUCUGAACUUUUUUUUUUUUUUUUUUAGCAAUAAUUCAUCAAACACGUCUAUCAUGUCUUUAAAUGUUUUACCACUAAACCUCUGAAGCCAUAAAAUCAAGUCCUAAUGAGUCUGAUGAGUCUGAACCAAGCUGGCAGACUGAAGCACAUUAAACCACUAAAACACUUUAAUUUCUGUAAAAGCACUUUGUGAAGCCUCGACUUAUCAGAUGCGAUUCAUCAUGUGGAUGUUAAUUUGAAACUAAUAAACUUUCUAUGUGAGGCGGU